ACUGCGGAUAGCGAGCUCCUUUGUGUUUUGUUACUGUCUUGAAGAUUCCUAGAAGUUAUUGUAGAUAGUAUACAAUGUCUUGCAAAUGCUUGGACUGCUUUAAAGCUGUUACUGCUCGAUCGAAGGCUGUUCAGUGUUCUUUCUGUGAAGGGUGGUUGCACGUUGCGUGUUGUAAAAUCGGUGCCGAUCUGUACGAUCAACUGCAGAGGACCACUUCCUCGGUCGUCGUCUUUAUUUGUGACCCAUGUCGCGCUGGACUGAGUGUCAAUCGCGUUUCGAAUGGCCUACCUCCAAUCAGUCCAAGUCCCUCAUGUUUGCAUUCUGUGCAAAAGCAGAAACAUCCUCUGCUGCCCCCCAACGACAAGUAUAUCCCUGCCGGUCGGACUCCAGUGAAGAAGGCAGGUACCGAUGCUGCACCACUUGAUGGACUGCCUGCACCGAACCCGAGUUUCUCUUCUGCUCAAACCGAAGCAAUCAGCGCUACUGCCUCCUUGGCAUUUCCAUGCCUCUCAUCACCAACUUCUGGUCCCGUUACCCCCUCUGGUAAGCCGACGGACGUUGACCACGGUAAAGCCCCAAAUACCAAGACUUAUGCAUCUGUAGCGAAGGAUUGUGCGCCCCUGUCCUCGCCAGUACGAGUGGCUGAAAGUAUGGGCAAGACUGAUGUCAAGGUGAAAAGCAAACCAUUGUCUUCACAAUCGCAGUUGAAGCUAGUUCUGGAUAGAGUCGGUCAGCUAGAAAAACUGCUUAAGGAGGGUCCACCUCUCCACAAUUCGCAGAUCCCUGUUAACAACAAAUCACCCUCACGUGGCCGUUGCCUAAUCAUCAUAAAUGCUCCUGAGUCGUCCAAAACCACUCCAGCUGAAAGGAUUAUGGAUGAUCAAGAGUUUCUAAAACGCAUGAUCUCCUUACUGCUCGAUGAAGGUGAGCCAGGAAUCAACAUCGUCUCGGCUUUCCGCCUUGGCAAGAAACAGGAGGACUCCUCUAAGGUCCGUCCCUUGAAGAUUGUAUGUCAAAACGAUGAUGAAGUCCAUCGCAUUCUCCGACGAGCUCCGCGUCUUAAAGGAGAACCAUUUUUCGUAUUACGAGACCUCUCUCCGGAGGACCGAGUAAAAAUGAAGAAAGCGGUGGAUGAACUUAGAUGUCGUCGUGAUAACGGUGAGACGGACCUACAUAUCGUGGAUUUUCGCGUGGUUCGAAAAACGCCAAGAACUCGUUGGAGGCCACUCCUUGUAAUGCCCGGGCGUUAGAGUUGAAGAAUGGACUGCGCGUAAUUUCUUCCAAUGUGCGCAGUCUCAGAAACAAACUAGACGAAGUUCAGCUUUUUGCCUCCAUGAAUCGGCCGGAUCUUAUAGCUUUCACCGAAACCUGGUUGUCCUCGGAUAUCCUGGACUCGGAGGUGCAGAUCCCUGGAUACCACCUUUACCGGGCAGACCGCCAUGGAGGAAGACCUGGGGGAGGCGUGAUACUCUACUGGAAGACGGACUUCAAGGCCCAUCUGGUUGAAGCUACCUGUGGCAGCGAUGGCGACUUCGAAACUCUCUGGUGCCGUGUUCAUGACGGAUGCAGAUCUCUCAUGGUCGGUGUAGUCUACAGGGCCCCAUUGGGUUCCGGAGCUUGUCUGCUGGACGCGAUCAAAAUGCAUGGUGGAGGCAAGGACUGUUUAUUACUGGGUGACUUUAAUGCCCCGGGUAUCGACUGGGACCAACUGCAUUGUGUUCCCGCUUCAAACGUUUUUGAUUCCGCUCUUCUAGAGACGGUUAUCGAAUGUAACUUAUUCCAACAUGUCACAACGCCUACUCGUAUAAUUGCAGGACAAACACCCCAUAUCCUCGACCUUGUACUCUCACCGGCACAAUCAGAUGUCACCGACCUAGCCGUUCUUCAGCCCAUUGGUAAAAGCGAUCACUGUGUCAUUACAUUCCUCUGGACUCGACGACUUACUCUCCACAACCAAGGUCGCCUCCGCAGAAAUUUCUGGCGUGUUGAUCCCCAACGCUUACAAACGGCUGCCAGUAGUGUGGACUGGAGUAUGCCCGAAUCCCUGAAUUUGGACGAUGAGUGGAACCUCUUGCACUCCAAAAUGAUUUCGCUCGUUGAGCAGGUCGUUCCUGUCUACAAAAGACCUUUUGCCAGGGGUCCUCCAUGGAUUGAUCGAGAACUGAGGUGCCUAAUGAACAAAAGACGGAAACUGUGGGUCCGAUUCAAGCUCACGCAAUCCGGGUCUGACUAUUCGGAAUAUAAAGUGGCCAGGAAUAUCUGC